AUGCAAGUACUUAUGGGAAAAGAAUUACUGUCAAGUUAUAAACAACAGAUUCUUUCUGCAAAACGUUUUGUUUUAUAUAUUCGUGAUUGUUAUCCUGAUUGUUUCCGAUUCGCUGUAUGCAAGGUUGCAGCAACUCUUCUUCUUAAUCUUAAGAUUAAGCUAGUAAAGGAUACAGCAUCAAAGGGUUUAGUUCUUGAGGAAGAUAAAGAAAAAUUAUUACAAAUAUUAGAUGAGCAACAGUUCCGUCUAUCUAGCUCAGCAUGA